AUGUCUGCUAUUGCUGCUCUUAGGACCGCAAGUCGCGUCGGACCUGCUCGCCUUGUUGCGGGAAUGCGGGUUUCACUCGCUUCUUCCGUGACGAGACCAGCAAUGAGGCUUGGUGCACUGAACCUCGCGAGACCUGCUGGCCUGCGAGCGUUCUCUGCCACCUCUGGACGAUUUGGGAGUGGAACGACCGACAUUUCCUUGUCACAAAAGCUGCAGGAGGAGCUCAAGUACGAGCAGGAGGCCAUUGCUGAAACUCCCGAAACACCCGAGUUUCUGAAGGCCUUUCUGGAGCAGGGUGUUUGGUCGAUUGAGGACACAAGAGGGAACGAUGAGGUUGCCUUGACCCGCAAAUUCGGUGAUGAGAACAUCCGCAUCAUGUUCUCAAUUGCCGACAUUCAAGUCGAGGAUGAGUUUGAGGGCGACAGCGCUGAGGCCGAGGCCGAGGCUGAGGGUGAAAAUGACCUCAACAUCUACCCUAUUCGCGCUUCUCUUUCUAUCACAAAGUCGACCGGUCCAGGCGCUCUAAAUGUCGAUAUGACCUGCCAAGAUGGUCACUUUGCGAUCGAGAACAUCUCGUUCUACGAAGACACGAAGCUUGGCACUGAACUCACUGCCGAGGCUGAUUGGAAGCGUCGGGGACUGUAUAUUGGUCCUCAGUUCGACACCCUCGACAUCGGCGUCCAGGAUGAGUUCGAGAAGUACCUCCAGGAGCGUGGUGUGAACGAGUCGGUCGCGGCAUUCAUUCCUGAGUACGCAACAUAUAAGGAGCAACAAGAAUACGUCAAAUGGUUGGGCAAAGUUAAGAACUUCAUCGACCUUUAA